AGAGAGAGAGAGAGAGAGAGAGAGAGAGAGAGAGAGAGAGAGAGAGAGAGAGAGUACCGUGGUCACGGCGUAGCACGCCGUAAAUAUUCGUUCCAGUGUAUUCGCCGUGGCGAGGAUACGCGCAUUAAAAGGCGUUCAAAAGCGACGUGAGCGUGGCGCAAGAUGGCCCGGGGAGAUACGGAGGAUGGACCCCUGGUUCGACCCGUCGAGGCCGUAUCGACGACAACGUUGGUCGCGCUAUGCACCGGCGGCGCUUUCUUGAUUUGCGCCGUCGCAAUGACCUGGUGGCUCUGUCGACGACGACGCGAGCAUACCAAGCUAAACGCGGACAGAUCGUUGGCUUUCAGACCACCCCGUAGAAAGCCGACCGCGGUAAAGAGUCCCGGUAGCACGAGCCAUUAUUUGAAAAAGAGUCCGAGUCCAACCGGGCCUGCGAAAAGUCCACCAGGCUCGACCGGACAACAGACCAGUCCUACCGGAUCUAGAGACGAAGGAUCGACUAAUGCCACCAUCUCGGACUCGACGACGUCGCACACCACCGGAAAUAAUAAUACGAAUUACGAUGUUUCGCGUUGCGAGAAAGCCGGUACGCCGCCAGUUGAAACGCCUACCAGCACCGAGGUUACCCUCAAUAUCGAGGACGAAUGCGACAAGGCCGAACUCGAGAAUAACGAGAAGGUCAAAUGCGAGAAAAAUGUCGAAAUCUCGGAUAAGAAGGACGGUCUAGGUAUAUUGGUAUUUAAAUUGCGAUACAAGAGCGAGCAAAAUGCAUUGGCGGUGACGGUCGUCAAGUGUAAGAAAUUACCGGCUAGGGAUCAGGGUAACGCUAGCAGCGAUCCUUACGUGAAGUUGCAGCUUUUGCCGGACAAACGACAUCACGUUAAAACAAGAGUCCUUCGAAAUACGAGAAAUCCCGUUUACAACGAGGAUUUCACGUUCUUCGGAAUUACAAAGAGUCAACUCGAGGAUAUCAGUCUGCACUUCGUCGUUCUAAGUUUCGACAGAUACUCGCGCGACGAGAUUAUCGGCGAGUUAACGUGCGCACUUUCCUCGAUACCAGGGUUAAAAGAUUCCGAUAAUCAAGAAAUAUCUCUGCGCAGAAACAUCUGUCCGAGGAGUUUGAAGAUACAAUCCCAAGGGAGAGGGGAACUGCUGGUAUCGUUCUGCUGGCAGCCGGUGGCGAGUAAGCUGUCGGUCUUUGUCUUAAAGGCACAUAAUCUCCCGAAAAUGGACGUGACGGGUCUUGCGGAUCCCUACGUUAAGAUUUAUCUCUCUUAUAAUUCGAAAUGUAUCGCCAAGAAGAUGACGCACGUCAAGAUGCGUACCCUCAGUCCCGUAUUCAACGAGUCAUUUAUUUUCGAGAUACCCAAUAAUAUCCAUAGUUUAAGCAACGUUAGCUUGGAGAUAGUUCUUUACGAUUGGGAUAGAUUUACGAAGAAUGAGGUGAUUGGCAGAUUAAAAUUUGGCGGGCCAAAAUGUCAAGAAUCCGCGCUAAAUCAUUGGAACGAAAUUUCAAGAUCUCCGCGACGGCAGGUCGCGGAAUGGCACAAAUUGAGGGAAUAAUUCAUUUUUCCCACCUUAUUUGUGGGAAUGCGACCUAUCCUGUCUAUUUCUCCCUCCUCUCCCCUUUCGAUCUAGAAUUCUUUUAGAAUUCUUUCUUCGAUUUCCUCGAAGGACGAGAUUAAGACGAGAACGAGAAGGAGCCGUAAUGUCCCCACGGUCAGUGUCGCUGCUCUCUUUGAUGAAAUUUUGCGACGCCUCUAAAAGAAAUUCCUUCGAAGAAACGAAGAGACUUAUGCCAAUAUGCUUAUCUAUGCUGCUGUGCACCAUUAUUUCAUGGAGUUAUAUUUUUGCGCCUAUUACGAGCAUGCGCGUCCUAGGUAUACC